AUGUGUCUGCAGAUGUGGAUAAUGGGAGCUGCUGUAGUACAGAGAACUGAGGAACAGAGGACAGUCAUCCGUGACUCUUUGGAAGAUCAUGUUUCUGGAGUUGCGGUCAGGUGCCCCCUGGGCUACUUUCCGUGUGGCAAUAUCACAAAGUGUUUGCCCCAAAAACUUCACUGUAACGGUGAGGAUGACUGCGGGAAUCGGGCCGACGAAGACAACUGUGAAGACAACAAUGGAUGGUCUCUGCAAUUUGAUAAACAUUAUACAAAGGACAAAUACAAUAAACUGGAAUCUCUGCAUGCACUUCAGACAAAGUCACCCGAGUGCUUGGCUGGUGCUGUGCCAGCAGAGUGUACCUGCCAAGGGCUGGAGAUCAUCUGCGAUGCUGCCAAACUGCAUGCUGUUCCAUCAGUCUCUUCAAACAUAACCAUAAUGUCUCUUCAGAGGAAUCUGCUAAGGAAACUUUCUGCUGAUAUUUUCAAGAAAUACCAAGACCUUAAAAAUCUGUAUCUUCAGAAUAAUAAAAUCAGAGCCGUAUCUGAACGUGCUUUCAAAGGUUUAUACAACUUGACAAAACUAUACCUCAGUAACAACAAGAUAACCAGUUUGAAGCCUGGUGUCUUUGAAGAUCUCCACAGACUUGAAUGGCUGGUAAUUGAAAAUAAUAGGAUAAAUCGGAUCUCUCCAUUAACAUUUUAUGGACUCAAAUCACUUAUUCUCCUAGCGCUGAGGAAUAAUUCUCUUGGUCAUUUGCCUGAUAAACCUCUAUGCCAAUAUAUGCCAAGACUAAACUGGCUAGACCUUGAAGGCAACCAUAUCCAUCAUGUAAGAAAUGUCACUUUCAUCUCCUGCAACACUCUCACUGUACUGGUAAUGAGACAAAAUAAAAUCAGCUCUUUAAAUGAAAACAGCUUUUCUUCUCUCCAGAUGUUAGAUGAAUUAGAUUUGGCUAGCAACAAGAUUGAAUCUCUUCCUCCAUAUAUAUUUAAGGAUCUAAAGGAGCUUUCACAACUGAACCUUUCCUACAACCCCAUCAAGAAAAUACAAACAGAGCAGUUUGAUUUUCUAAUUAAACUCAAAUCCCUCAGCUUGGAGGGCAUUGAAAUUGCAAACAUCCAGAGAAGAAUGUUCAGACCUCUGAGAAACCUUUCCCACAUAUAUUUUAAGAAAUUCCAGUACUGUGGAUAUGCCCCUCAUGUGCGCAGCUGUAAGCCCAAUACUGAUGGGAUUUCAUCCCUUGAGAAUCUUUUAGCCAGCAUCAUACAGAGAGUGUUUGUCUGGGUUGUAUCUGCCAUCACCUGCUUUGGAAAUAUUUUUGUUAUCUGCAUGAGGCCUUAUAUCAGAUCGGAGAAUAAGCUCCACGCCAUCUCAAUAAUGUCUCUCUGCUGUGCUGACUGUCUGAUGGGAAUAUAUUUAUUUGUGAUUGGAGCUUUUGAUCUUAAAUAUCGCGGAGAAUACAACAAGCACGCUCAGUUGUGGAUGGACAGUAUUCAUUGUCAAUUGGUGGGAUCGCUGGCUAUUCUGUCUACAGAGGUGUCAGUCUUACUGUUGACUUACCUGACUUUGGAAAAAUACAUCUGCAUAGUUUAUCCUUUUAGGUGUUUGAAGCCCAGAAAAUGCAGGACAAUUUCCAUUUUGGUUCUUAUCUGGAUAAUCGGGUUUGCUGUUGCUUUUAUCCCACUGAGCAAUAAGGAAUUUUUCAGGAACUACUAUGGCACCAACGGCGUCUGUUUUCCUCUUCACUCAGAACAAUCAGAAAGUUCAGGAAGUCAGAUUUAUUCUGUUGUCAUUUUUUUAGGUGUAAACUUGGCAGCUUUUAUCAUCAUUGUGUUUUCCUACGGGAGUAUGUUCUACAGUGUUCACCAAACAGCUAUUACGGCUACUGAAAUUCGGAAUCAUGUUAAAAAAGAGAUGAUCCUUGCUAAACGUUUUUUCUUCAUUGUAUUUACUGAUGCACUAUGUUGGAUCCCCAUUUUUAUUUUGAAACUCCUUUCUUUACUUCAAGUAGAAAUACCAGGUACCAUAACUUCUUGGGUGGUGAUUUUUAUACUGCCAAUAAAUAGUGCUUUGAAUCCUCUUCUCUACACUUUGACUACACGACCUUUCAAAGAAAUGAUUCAUCAGGUUUGGUAUAAUUACAGACAAAGAAGAUCCAAAAGAGGUAAAGGCAGUCAGAAAACAUACGGUCCAUCAUUCAUUUGGGUAGAGAUGUGGCCAACGCACGAAAUCACGCCAAAGGUAACGAAGCCUGUGCUUUGUACAGACUCCUCUGACGCUUCCGUGACUACACAGUCAACAAGACUAAAUUCAUACAUGUAAAUCCAUUUUGAAUCUUCACGGUGACGUCUGCACUGUCAGCUUCACAUCUGUGGGCUUACCGCUUUACAGCAAUGAGGCAAAAUGAGGGAGGUAUGGCACCCGGGCUCAGGUGAACCAAAGCAGGAAGAAGAGGGAGCAGUGUGUCUGUUUGCAGGUAGAACUGACACAACAAUAAUUUCACCAUCUCACAACGGUACCUGACAUUUUGACAACUCAUCCUAGAUCAGAAUGAGAAGUCAGUUGUUUGGUUUUUUUCCUCCCAGAAGCCAGGAGUGUGGGGAAAAAAAACAAACUGCCAUUUAAAACAUCUCACCCUGAAAGCAGAAUGUUUCAAAAUCACCUAUCUUUGGGGGGAAAAAAGGGUUAUUUUGAUUAAGCUUUUUUUUAAAUUCUCCAUUUCAAC